UGGCCAGUCAGCUCAGUUGGUAGAGCAUUAUUCUCUUUAGAGAAGUCGAAAGGCAUAGCCUUCAUCAACUUCUCUUCGCAAGCAUUCAUGUUUUGAUUCUGGAAAACGUGUAAAUGCCGGAGUCGGUAAUGGUUUAUGCUUCGACCGACGUUUCGACUCAGAUGUGCCUGGAUUUACGCAAUAGGCAAGUUGUUUUCAAACAUUUAACAGUAACGCACAAAACUGUCACAAGGAAAUCAACACUUACUUGCUUUUAAUCCAUUUUCAACAUGUCCCCUGUCCCGGGUUUACGUUAACUGGUCUUGGGAGCUGUCACAAUGGGGACCAGUUAAGAGAAAAGCAGGCUGACGUAAUCAGAGUUGUGAUUUAAACCCGGGACAGGGACAUGUUGAAAAUGGAUUAAAAGCAAACUGAAGACCCCUUAGUGCCAUUGGUGGAUCCAAUUGAUAUCUCGGGUCUAAAGAUCUCCAAUGACAGAAGUGGUGUAGCCAGUCAUGGAGUGGAGUUUGAGACCAGUGUUGAUUUCAAUGAACCUGAGGAGAAGGAUAUCAAAUUCAAAGCUGAGGACAUAUACAACAACCGCUUCUUGCCUGAUGAUGAUGGUGACAGCGAUGAGGAUGAUGAAACAUCUCCUUUUGAGAAAAUGAUCAAAAAGAUGGAGGACAUUUCACCCAAUAAAGAUGGUAUGGUCUACAAGAAAAUUCUAACUCAAGGAAGUGGAAAUGUUGUACCUGAAGAAGCCAUUGUUAGAAUUCAUUACAAUGGAUACCUUGAGUAUGGGGAUGAGCCAUUUGACUCCACAAGAUUACGGAAUCAUCCAUACAAAGUAAAGUUACAAACAGGAGGGUUGAUUGUUGGACUCAACUUGGCAGUGUCCACUAUGAGGGUAGGAGAGUUGGCCCGCAUUAUCAUCAGACCCCAGUAUGCCUUUGGAGAAAUGGGAACACCUCCAAGGAUUCCUAAGGACGCUACUGUGAUGUAUGAAGUGGAGUUGAUGAAUUUCGUUGAACAUGGAGGAGUGGAUGAGAUAGAGCUUCUGUCUGAGGAGGAAAGACAGCAGAUUUCUUUUGAUGAUCUACUUAAGGCCUGCAAAGCUUACAGACAGGAGGCAAAACUACAGUUUGAUAGUUCAAGUUAUAAGAGGGCUGUUGGUCUCUACCGAAAGGCGGUUAUGAUGCUGGAAAAGGCGCACCUGAAAAAUGAGGAGGAGGAGGAAACACACCAAUCACAGCUGUUGAAGCUUUACCUGAACCUGGCUAUCUGCUGUACCAAGUUAGCGGAUUCCAAACACUGCAUCAACUGGUGCAAGAGAGCCCUGGAGAUCUGCCAUACAGAUAAUGAAUCCAGGACCAAAGCAUUGUACCACUACGCCAAGGCAUUGCGCUGUCAAUUCCACUUUAAGGAAGCUAAGGCCAAACUAAAGAAAGCCCAGCAAUUAUCGAAUGGAAGAAAUAAAUCAGUCAAUGAUGAAUUGGCUGUUUUAGAAAGAUUGAUGCAGCAGGAAUUCAUUGCGGAAAAAGAGCUGAACAAAAGGAUGUUUUCCCAACCAAAGGGGAUUUCUAAUGAAGAAAAAGAGAAGGAGAACAAACGACAUCAGGAUAUGGAAGAGCACUGUAUGGAGGUGUCUGAAAAGUUCCGACAAAUUGCAAUUCAGCGUCUAAAUGACUUCAAGAAUAACCCAGAGCAGACGGAGAUCCCUUUCACAUCACACUCCUUGACAUUUGGAGAAAUUGCUUGCAUAGUAGAAGAAGCUGAUAAUCUGGGUCUUAAAGCUGUACAAGUGGGAAGUGGACAGAACUCCAGAAUCAAACUAGUUAGGAGGUCGAAUCAUGAUGCUUCCUGUUAGCCUUUCCAAGUAAACAUACCAAAGGUGUUCAAAUGAGAUUUUAACUGUCAGAUGACAAAGGAGUCAUUAUUUGCAUAAAUGUGAAAUUUGAAAGUUUUUCAUUUUGAUGCUCAUUGAAGUUUUGAAUAUUUUACUUGUUGAACCCCAUUUACUGUAUUCCAUUCCCCAUUUACUGUAUUCAUUGUGAUGGUUGUGUAUAUUUUCUAAACUGAGGUUAGCAUUGUAUGAUAUUACAAAACUGUUCCUGAAUUUUUUGUAAUAUGUUGAAUCACAUUAUACACUAAAACUUGGUGUUUGUGAUCCAGGGUGUAUUGUCAGAAUCUCAAUGUGUUGUGUAUGUUACAAAUUUCAUUGUCACAAUGAACACCACACUGUAGUAACAAAUGAUGGGUGAUCAAUAUAUUACCAGACUCCUUGUAAACCUACUUUUAUUUGUGACAACCUUCCAUGAUUGACUGCUGUUGAACUGGUUUGUGCAACUAAUUUUACGACUUUUAUCAUCUUAUACAGUUACAAGAGACAUUAAAGGACUGGUUUGUGACAAGAAGUAUUCGCUACGACAAGGUUUUCGCAAACCCCUCCAAAAAAAAUUUCGCGCUUGGAUAAAAGUUGGUUUACAGUAUUUUCAGCUGAAACUGUGAAUGUCUUGAACAUUUCCACUGAUGUCUAUUCAGUUUAGAAUUGUAUAAUCGGCAAAGUAAGUGAAUGGGCAUCAAAGGAACGGGUUUACCUUAGGAAAAACAAUGGUAUAAAAUGUUAAUACAGUAAUUCAUAUUUACAAUAAAGUGCCAGAGGUUUAUCUCGGGAAAAACAAUGGUAUAAAAUGUUAAUACAGUAAUUCAUAUUUACAAUAAAGUGCCAGAGGUUUAUCUCAGGAAAAACAAUGGUAUAAAAUGUUAAUACAGUAAUUCAUACUUACAAUAAAGUGCCGGGGACAAACAAUUUUGAUUUGUUAUAAACAUAAUUUGUUCUUUCCAGUAAGGUCAUAAUCUGUUUUAAAACCACAGAGAAUGAAAAUCACUUCACUGUAAGCAUGAAUUCAUUAAAAGCAUGUUUGCUGUAACCAUGUUUUAUUGUAUUUUACAUUAAAAAUAUGUAUCUAGUCAGUAGUAGAAAAGUUUGAUUCAUUUAGUUCACUCAGAAAAAUUCUUUGUAAAACUUUUAAAUUCUGUUGCUAAAUCAUGUAGUUUAUGAUAAGUAACAAGAUCAGGUGCUAAAAAAUUAUGUUGAAGAUGUUUUGAAUUUUGUGUUGGGGUGGGGGUGGGGGGAUGAUAUGUAACAAAGCAAGGGUCAUUUUGUUGUAUUUUUGUUCCACAUAACCAUCAAACUGUAUUUUGUAUACUUAUAAUUUUGUUUAUUAAACAAUGUGCGAGGCAGCAACAAA